GAGGGUCAUCAAUAUCCUCUGCCAGUCGAAAUACUUGUAGUCGUGGAGGCCCCGGGGCGAGCGGCGCGGCUGCGCGUUCCGUGUCCGUGCCACAACUAGCUCGACGAAACACCUGGAGCAGCCAAACACCUGGAGCAGCCGGCGCUGCGCGUGGACCACCUCCGCAGCAAGGAGGACGGGGGACGCCACCUUCCCCGGCCGCAGGACAGGCAAAUAGUAAAGCUGCCUCUUUUGUACAAAAUAACCCAUCUGCGGCUGGUGCACCAUCUUCUCAACAGCCGCCGGCACAGUCGGCUUUGAACCGGUCGAAAACCUGGGCCGAGAUGUUUAAGGAGAUCCCGCAAUACAUCCAGAACGCGAUUCCGGCAUUGCCGCCCCAGGAAUCCAACAUCCGGCGUAUUGCGAACUCCGUUUUCCAGAACCCAUUGACGAGUCUGUACAAAAUCAAGGAGGCCAUGAACGAUGACUUACGGUUGAAAGAGAUCGCGAUUCAGCAAACAAGGCUGUACUCCGUCAUCUGGGGCUGGGAUACCAUGUGGGUCAAGGACGUUUUCGUAUUUCAACAUUUACAUUUGCAAACUACGUUUAAAUAAAAUCUUUUCAAUCGUUCUCUUCCUGUUUAUCGGUUGCUUUCACUAGUCCUGUUUGCUUGGCGGGCGACGGGUCGUGUUGUUCCUGUCGCAUCCAAAAUGAGUGAUAAGCUCCUUUUUCGUUAUAUGAAUACCAGAUGGCCUGGGGUCCGCCGGAUCCGAACCACCCAGAGCGGGGCAACACGUACGAAAAAGUUCACACGGCGACCAUCCUGAACUUGGUCAUCCGGCAACUCUACAACGGGUACUGCGAAUUCACCGAGUUGUGCAUCGCCGAGCCGGUUCUGACCGGCGAGAUGGAGGCCUGGCGAGAUUUAUCACAGUGCACAACUCCCCCUCCCCUCAUUUGAUGUAUAGCAUAAGCGGCAAUACAAGGAUCAGCAAGAAUGCCGGUUUUGCAUGACAAAUCUAUAGUGGAUUGUACUACUGUUUGGAGUUCCUGAGUUUGUCAUGCAAACACUGCCAAGAGGCACAGCCUGGAUUUGGUGUUUUGCAUGACAAAUGAGGGGGAGGGGGAGUUGUGCACUGUCAUAAGAUUUGAUCGAGUUUGUGAAGCACAUUUCCUCUGCCGGCGACGACGAAGUAGAUGGGAUGCUUAUCCUGAGUAAAAACGUACCCACACCAGAGUCAAGAUGAGGAUUUUGCAACACAAACCUAGGAGUUUUAGGAGUCACGCAUGACAAGUUGCACUAUGCAGUGUAGUGCAGGUUAGCAAGUGCAGCCGCAUCACAGAUUCAUCUGCUCCUCCUGUUCACAGCAUCACGAAUUCCAAAACACGAUUGGAAAUGGCUCUCAUGGGGAUGCGCAUUACAAGUCUUUCUGUCUUUGCAAAUCUGCAUUACAACUCUGGUGUGGGUACGUUUUUACUCAGGAUAAUGCUCCUCGCGGGCGGCGGGGAUGACGGUUUCAGUCAGUACAACUAUUCCGAGCUGGACGGGCAAGAUGAACUUGAACAGUCGACGCUCGACGAUCAAAGCAUGUACGCCGGCGGGGCAGCAGGCGGUGGUGCUGGUGCAGGAGGAGGAGAAGUGAACCACAUGGCAACAACAUCAUCAACGACACUGCGGAACACAAAUGGCAGUGGGCGGAGACAACCAUCGGGGAAUCUACUAUCGGGUUCCACCGCUGGGACAACUGCACCCGGGAUGUCCUCCUCCGGGCUGUUGCAGAAAUUGAGGCGGGAUGCUUUUCGAUAUUUCGUGGUCAAGUUGUUCGGGACAUCAACCAGACCUUCUGGAACCACGGACUACAACUCUCUUGCAGGAGCGGCCCCGCCGGCUUCCAGUCCGCUGGCGUUGCGGCAAGGGGACCACGAUGGUCGUGCGCCAGUGAUGUCUCCAACUUCGGCCGCUGCAGUUCCACCUGCAGCUGCUGGCCCACCGAAACGAAGAAACCAGAGCUUUGUACGGGAAGAUGAAAUUCGAAUUCCAAGUACUGCGCAGGUUCCUGCAUCAGUAUCAGAAGAUCUUUAUGCCGGAAGCACUGGUCCCAUCCACGACGGGGUCGUAGUUGCCGCCACGCCGAAAGGGCAACAACGGCCGAGACGGUUCAGUCCUCGCGAGCUGCGGCAAGGUACUACUACUAGCCGAGAACAAGGAGGGACGGGAGAAAGUACCAGCCCGUCACGAAGUAGAGAUCACGAGUCCUUUUUGGCCGCUAACUUAUUCGAGGAAGCUGACGAGGAUGAAAUGAGUGACCUUGUGCUGCAAAAUCCUGAUCUACCAAAACUCGGCAACAAUGACCGUCCGCUCCGUUUUGACGAUAGUUUUACGCCGUCUGCUGCAGCCGCCGGGAGAAACAGUGGAUUACAUCUACAAUCAGAAUCACCUCACCUCUCAUCGUCCGAACUACCUCCCCCGGCAUUGGCGCAAGACGCCCUCGAAGAUGCUGCUGCUGCUGCAGGAGGUUUUUUUCAGAAACUAAAUCCGGUGAAUUUUCUUCCCCUUGUCGGAGCAAAGCUCGCGGGUCUCUUCCUACCCUCGCCGUUAUUACUGCAAGAAAACCAGCAAGCCGACUUGAUGUUGACGCAACAGCAGCAAGACGACGCGGUCUACCAGCGGGCUAUGGACAAUCUCCUGAUGGCGUCCAGCCUUUUCGGUUUGGUUACGACCCUGAUGGUGACGGGCAUUUUCGUUCUGUUAUUUUUGAUGUGUAUCGACAAGUGUUGCGGGGUUCUGCGCCUGUGUCGGCGUCGGAAGAAGCUGCAGAACGCGGAGGACAUUGCGAAGCGGACCCGCAGCUUUUAUUUUGAUUUAUGAAAUGCAAAAGCAUCGUACUAGUACAAAUCGCAUGACAAAUUUCCUCAGCAUGAGAAAUAAAAUUUGUCAUGCGGACUUCAUUUGAGAAAGCAAUUUGUAAUGCAUCACUGCGAUUACUACGAGUACAAUACUUUUGCACAGGAUAUGAUUACAUCAGCGGGCAUUUGCCGGAGGAGAUGUUUGUGGACCUGCAUCACGGGUCGUUGCACAAUUUCCACCACUAUGAAACGUAAAAAUGUCUGGGUCUGGGACAAAGCAACUUGUCAUGCUAAAUCUGCAACAUGUAAAAAACUGUGUUGCGUGAUUACCAAAAGCUGUCCACAUUUGACCUAAUCGAGAGGCAGUUUCUCAUGCAGGAAAGGCAUGAUGGAACACUCACAGAAUCUGUCAUACUAUGUCCUACAUAGCAGACCUCAUGGGUGAUGGAAAAUCUGCAUGACAAGUCUGGCACUCAUCUUCCAGGAUACCCAGACAUUUUUACAGUUGAUAACCACGACACGGCCGGCGCGGGAGCUCCUGACGGGUGCACUGGUAAAAAUGAGGAAAGUGCUGGAAGUUCGUGUCAUCAACACGUCGAUAACUACGAGAAUGAAAAGGCAAGAAGAGCAGCAGGAACUACAACGUCAAAUAACGAAAAUCUGCGGCGAGGUUCCGUGGCGAAGGAGGAACUACGCGGCAGCACCAGUCUCGCCGCCGCUCGACGGGCAUCUACGUCCAGCUCCGUCAAGAAGACGAGUGUCGCAACCUGCAGCAACAGCAACCUUUGUCUGCUGCUUCGCAAUGCGUUCCGCGGCGGUCGACGUCGAACAAGUUCUAGACAUUUUUCACAUUCUCCCGCCCGAAAUAGUGAAGCGGGUAGUUCGUCGGAGGUGGCCUCAUCAUCGGCUUCUUCGAUAAAGAGAAGUGAACGACUCAGGCACAGAGUUAAAAAAACUCGUCACUCGCCCGAUAUUAAGAAUGUUUCCCCCGCACAGGGCGUGGAUAAGGAUAGCAACUCUGGAGUCCUCGUACAGCCGCUCCGCAAGCAGCCCAGCUACGUGUAUGACGACAGGUGGAAAUAUAGUACUUCCAGCAAGCUGGUCGGAGAUCAAGAACAUGGUGGAGCUGCAACGAGAAGCUCCUAUAGUCCUGAGCACUACGAAGCGCUACGGGUUGAUGUACCGGUAGGUGGACUAGCAGUCCUCGACUAUACUGUCCCGGUCCACGAAAGAGGACAUUUUCAGCAAGAGAGAGUGACGAAGGACAAGGCACCGGAGAGCUCGUCCUUGGACGACUUCUUUAUCAGUAGUUGUGAACCACACAACUGAUGAAAGGCAAGGUAGUUGUGUUGUAGAUCUCUCAACAACAUCCAAAGAAAGCGAAAGCCACGAAAAUAGAAGCAUUGAUUUUGUUCAUUUCCAAACUUCUUCGUCGUACCACUCGUCAGUUUUAAUACUUUACUUCCACUCAGGACAAUCUAUCAAACCAAUGAGCUUUGACCUUGAUGCGAAACGCCAAAUGCAAAUGCUGGGAUAUGAAGAGAACCCUGCCUUGCCUGCAAAAAUGAUCGCUGUGAGGUGUAGUUUUUGUGCGAAAACGCCACGACAGGAUCUGCAUUCAAAAAGUGAGACGAAUACUGCACAGGGAGGAACACCCGCGACGAAAGAAAGAACAAAGAGAUAAUGACACCGGCGCGGUUCUUGUGGCCUGCUCUGAGAAGCUGC